UGUCUGCAGUUCAAUAUUUUGAUCGUGCAUGCAUGGUGCUUGUUAUGGCUCGUAAAAUAUAUAUUUUGUAGUUUUAUACAGCUGUAAAUAUUUGUUAAGUGUAAAAUAUUGAGAAAAGAACGUAUGCAAUAAUAUAUGUAUAAACACGGUAUACCUGUAUAUACUUAUACAUUUGUUGAGUGAAUACUAAUUACCAAAAUGUCUACAAGACGAGCGAGAAUCAAAGCUGUUGCCUCUUUACCGCCUCGAAGGAAGAAUAACGACGCAGACAAGGCUAAGGAACUUGUAAAGGAAGCAUCUGAAAAGCCGAUUAAAAGCCCCAGAACACCACGCGGUUCUAUAAAAAGUCAAGAGAGCAUUGACAGGCAAUCGCCGAAACCUGGAUCUCCGUUGAAGUCGCCGCGUUCAGUAAAUGUUUUAAAACAACAGGAACGAGUGCCAUCGCCUCUAGUUCAACCUGAAGUAACAAAAGAUGCAGGUCUUACGCCAAAGAAGGGGGGAAAAGUGCCUGUAAUCACGAGUGUAAACAGUGCCAAAUCAAGUGUUUUUGUGUCACCUAAAAGAGUAGCCAGUCCUUUUAGGAAGCUUACUCCGUCUCCUCUGGUCCAUACCUCGGUUAGUGUACAAAGAAUAACUCCAGUGACUCCUGAGAAAGUUGCUGAGAAAAAGGAUGAUGGGAAUAAAACUGUGGAGAGUAAUACCAGCAGUAGAAGUAAAAGAGGUAGCAAGGAUGCAAGUACCUCUAAUGCUGCAUCUGAUGUUCCAGAUGACUACAAUGUUCCAAGUGUACCUGAAAGUAUUACUGACGACACAGUUAUGGAUGGCAUUGUGCCCCUCCAAGCAUUCUCCAGUGGUCCCAAACCGCUAGCCCUCUUGAAGAACGAGAUUAUAUCUGAAAAUGCAGAAGUUUUGUUUGACCCUAUUGUGCCUUUGCCAUCACCGAGCAAAGUACGGCAGAAACUUCGUCCAGUGCCCAGAUUAGCACCUUUAAGAAGAAAUAGUGUGCAGGGUAGUGCAUCAGAAUCGGAAGAUGAGAGCCGUCGGGCGUUGCUAAGCAGUGGUGGCACUACCACCCCGGCGCCACCGUCACGUCAGCGGGAACGCAGUGAUACCCACACACCACACACUGCGCCUACACCUAACAAGGAAUUGAACCGCAUCAGAAAUGAUUCUGUGUGCUCCUCUGUCAGCCAGCUUACGAAUGCUACGCAGCCACCGACCGCAACUUCACCAGUCAAAGAAAAACAAGUCGCCAAAUCGACGAAAUCGUAUACGGUGCGUCGCAUGGCGGCGAUGCGCCGGCGCCGCGAAGCUGUCAAAAAGGACACGCUGACUAUGUACGACCUCAUCUUCUACAAUCCCACCACCAACCCCAUCGUCCCAGAUGAAGAUGAAAUAGAAGUAAACAAAGCGAAUGAGAAAGAGGAAGCAGCUCGCAAGGCCAAGCAGACGGAGGACAAGGAGGAAGAGGAACCGGAGCAAGAUGCUGCACCCGUGCCACAGAUUAAACUCGGACCCAACGGGGAGAUCAUGCUGGAUGAACAGAGUCUGGUUAUAAAACAGUCGCAGAAACGAAAGGUAUCGCAGAAUGUAGUACACGAAGGCGCGUGGAGUACGGGCAGUAGUAGCGGUCGGUACCGCCGCACGCCCCGCACUGCGGACUGGAGCGACGCAGAAACGGUUCGCUUCUAUCGAGCCCUCGCCGCCAUGGGAACUGACUUCAUGCUCAUGGAAAGACUCUUCCCUGGUCGUACGAGACGAGAUCUUAAACUUAAAUUCAAGAAAGAGGAACGUAUGAACAUGGCGCAAGUGGACAAGGCGCUCCGUACUACAGUGAAAUGGGACGCCAGCCGCUUGGAGGACGAGUUCCAAGCCGAACGCAAGGAGGCUGAAAUACGCGCCGCCAGAGACAAGGAAGAGCUGAACAAACGUACCAAAGAGAACGAACAACGACGCCGAGAGGCCCGCGACCUUCGGAUACGAAUGAGUCAAAGCACAAAAGCAUUGGAGUCUUCAAUAUUCCCCGAGACUACUGCCAACCUCACAGCAGACGAAGUUAUCCUUCGUCACCACGAGGCGAAAGAAAAAGCAAAAGAGGCGAAAGGUAAGAGAGGGCGACCUCGACUGGACAGUCCUUCAAGGAAAAAGUUAUGUUCUCAAGAACCUCAACGAGUUGACGUCACACCUUCACAACCACCCUCCGAUAUGGCAACACUCACGAAAAUAGACCCUAAGUCUAUGGGCAAAACGCCCGACAAGUCAACUCCUUCACCGGUAGUGCCUUCGAAUAUAGAAAAUGGUUCCCUAGUCGUGCUCACGGUCAAUGACCCUAAAUCGCCUUCGAAGAAAAUGUUACAAACGUACAUAGCGAGUGGAGGGGGCCGGCUGACUCCUGUCGCGUUACCGACCUCCUUGCUCAACUCUGUAGUAACGUUUAUGAAAAAGGGAGGUACGCCUAAGAGUGUGUCUGCGGCUUCCUCUCCUCAUUUGACUUCUCCAAGCAGUGUAGCAAGUCAGGACAGUCGACCCUGCUCUACUCCAGGGGUCAUUGUGAAUGCCAGUCCGGCUAAAAGACAACGACAUAGUUCGUACACUAUAACGCAGCUUUAAGCUAUGUAGUACAGUACCUUAUGAUACAAUUGUCAUUAUUAGCGUGCCCAAUUGGAACAAAUGUCUCGAAUCUCAUGACAAAUAGAAAAUACUGUCUCGAAGAUUACAAGGGAAGGUUAGUUAGCAAUAUUUCUUGAUGGGCUAUUCUCAAUAGUCUGUCCGUAGAUUUCACGAGUACAGAUAUACAUUUGACGCAAGUUUCAUACGUAAUAGGCUGAAAUUAAUUUCCAAUUAUAAACAUAGAUUGUU